AAUAGACUUUAAUCACUCAUGUGGUUGAGAGCUGUUGGCUAGUCGAGUCCCACGCGUUGUAGGAGGACAGAAAGAAACAUAAACAGAAGAGGACAAGACAGAAACUGUACGGCGGAGAGAGAAGAGAAACAGGAAGGGUGAAGACUGAGGUGGACUUCUUUAAAGGACAGCUAUCACCACUUCUGAGACCAGUGCAGUUUGAGAGAAGAGACAUCUGACGAGGAGGCUUAAACCUGAAUCCUCUCCGUCUCAAAUUUAAGACCUCAGUUCGGCUGAAGACGUCUCCAUCCACCCUGCCGUCCAGUCUGGAGUAUGUCCUACCAUCCUUUUCACCCCUGCAGCUGAUGCAGGCGGUCCACAUGAUCUCUCAGUACCCUCUGGCCACCCUCCUGCCCUGGCCUGCGGGUCCGCAAAACAGCUGUCCCGACCUGGACUGCACCUUACUGCUGGAUGGAGAGGGAGGUGUCGCCCUGCAGAGGUACCAGGCUCGCUCCCCGGAGAGCAGCCCACGUCACUGGAGCUCUGUGCAGGACUGGGGGGAGGAAGUCGAGGAAGGAGCCAUCUACAAUGUGACACUAAAGAGGGUUCAGAUUCAACAGGCGGCCAACAAGGGAGCGAGGUGGCUGGGGGCGGAUGGCGAUCGCCUACCUCCGGGCCACACGGUGAGCCAGCUGGAGACAUGCAAAAUCAGAAGCAUCCGCGCUGGAACACUGGAGCGUCUGGUGGAGACGUUGCUGACGGCGUUCGGAGACAACGACCUCACCUACACCUCCAUCUUCCUCUCCACCUACAGAGCCUUCGCCAGCACGCAGACUGUGCUGCAGCUACUGCUGGACAGGUACGGAAAUGUGGAAGAAAAUGAACAAGAGCCAGACAGGUGCCAAAGGUCUGAAUCCAGCGGAGCCAUCAGAAAUGCCUUGGCUUCUAUCCUGCGUGCCUGGCUGGACCAGUGUCCUGAAGACUUCCAGGAGCCUCCAGACUACCCCUGUCUCCACAGGCUAAUGGACUACCUGCGCAAGGCUCUCCCUGGUUCAGAGGCCCUCAGGAGGGCAGAGGGUCUGCUGGAGCAGCUGCAGGGACAGGCCGGCAUGGAUGAGACAGAUGCUGGUUUCCAUGGCAACAGCUCGUUCUGCCUGGGGGAGGAGGAGGAAGUGGAGAUUGAGGUCCAGGAGGACUUCCUGACGUUUGAUGCUGACCUAGUGGCCGAGCAGCUGACCUACAUGGACGCGCUGCUGUUUAAAAAGGUCGUACCCCACCACUGUCUGGGCUCUAUCUGGUCGCAGAGGGAUAAGAAGCACAACAAGCACAGCGCUCCCACCAUCCGCGCCACCAUUACUCAGUUCAAUGCCGUCGCGGCCUGCGUGGUCAGCACGGUGCUGAAACACAGACAGAUCCGGCCGCACGUCAGAGCGCGGGUCAUCCAGCGCUGGAUAGACAUCGCUCAGGAGUGCCGGAUACGCAAAAACUUCUCAUCUCUGCGAGCCAUUGUAUCGGCGCUGCAGUCCAACCCUCUGUACAGGCUGAAAAAAGUUUGGGCCUGCGUGCACAAAGACAGCAUGCAGACAUUUGAGGAACUCUCAGACAUUUUCUCGGACCACAACAACUACCUGACGAGCAGAGAGCUCCUCAUGAGGGAAGGCACUUCAAAGUUUGCCAGCCUGGAGAGCUGUGCCAAGGAGCACCAGAAACGCACCCACAAGAGACUACAGCUGCAGAAGGAAAUGGGAGCAAUGCAAGGAACGAUACCGUACUUGGGGACAUUUCUAACUGACCUGACCAUGUUGGAUACAGCCCUGCCUGACUUAGUGGAGGGUGGUCUGAUCAACUUUGAGAAGAGACGCAGGGAGUUUGAGGUGAUCGCUCAGAUCAAGCUGCUCCAGUCAGCCUGUAACAGCUACUGCCUGACUGCAGACCCGGCUUUCCUCCGCUGGUUUAAGGGCCAAUCUCAGCUCAGCGAGGAGGAAAGCUACGCCUUGUCUUGUGAGAUUGAAGGUCUUGGCGACAGCAGCCCGACUUCUCCCAAACCCCGCAAGAGCAUGGUGAAGAGACUCAGCCUGCUGUUUCUUGGAACAGACAGCAACACGGCCAGUUCUCCAGUCAGAGAGACGCCACGAUCGCCUCCUACUGGCAGCUCGGGGGAGAGCAUGGACUCGGUCAGCGUGUCCUCCAGUGACUCCAGCAGCCCAUCAGACAGUGAAGGGCUCACCACCCCCACUCACAACUCUGAUUCCCAGCAAAACAAGCUAUCAGAAUCAUCAUCCUGUACUUCACUCCACUCCAUGGACACCAGCUCUUCAACAGCCAGUGUCUCCAUGACUCCCGCGUCUCCCUCCCUCCCCGGGCACCCCUGCACCCACAGACGCUCCAUCUCCCUCACACCUCUGACUCCCAGCUCUCCGGGUCAAACCCCAGCGUACAACACACAGGCCCAGGACGCGUGCAUCAUAAGGGUCAGCCUGGAGCAUGGCAACGGGAACCUGUACAAGAGCAUACUGCUGACCAAUCAAGACAAGACCCCGGCUGUGAUUUCUAGGGCCAUGGCGAAGCACAACCUGGAGGUGGAGCCGGAGGAAGGAUACGAGUUGGUGCAAGUUAUCUCUGAGGAGAGAGAACUGGUGAUUCCAGACAACGCCAACGUCUUUUACGCCAUGAACACCUCCGCCAACUUCGACUUCCUGCUGCGCGUGCGAGGCUCGGCGGGUCGGCCGGUCCAGCUGCGUAGCCGGUGUAGCUCCACGCUCCCGCGCGCCCAGCACCGCUCCAGCCUCUCGCUCAGACUCAGCAAAGUCACGCUGUGACACCUGGACUGUAGUGACCGAGCAGUCUGCCCUCACGCCACUAACCCGAGGCAGCACAGGCGGAUGGAUUAAUAGGUAGACGGAGCAGACAGAUCCCAGUAAGAUCCGAGACUCUGUGACUUGAACAAGCUGGGACUCCUCUUGAACUGUGCCAUCCACUGCCUUAACAGCCUUAACAUGGAGCAUAGAUGUGUAGCGCGACUGCUGUGCCAGUUGGACUAAACUGACUAGUGAUGCCUGUGACGGAGUGAAACAGCUACCCCAAGUGGCCUCCACUCAUCACAACAACAGAUUUUUGCACAUGUGGGAGCAAACUCCUGACCUCCAACAGUAUUCUGAUGUUGAAUGAACUUCUUUUUGUCCUGUGUCGUCUGCGUAGCUGAAGCUUUACUUUUCUGCUAAUAGAAGAGAGGGGAAUGCAGAAGCAAAUAUUGCUGGUGGAACAGAAGGAGAAGUGGACUGAGCGUCCAGCCCUGUUGCCUUUAUUAACGAAUGAAUGGACCUCUAACAGUAUUCUGAAUGAUAUUAAUUGAUUGACAGGAGCUGGGAUGUCAUUCUUUUGCCUUGUCAGGCGUCUUUACCAGUCUGGCUCGUGCACAGUGUGCACAGUGUGUGAGUGUGUGUGUGUGUGUGUGUGUGUAUUCUGCCCCUCUCAUAUUGUGAGCUGUGUGACGAAUGCAGUGUUACGUGCAUUCCGAUUGGUUCCAGUACUUGGUUUUAUCAAGUCCACGGCAAAUAUUAAAAAUGGCCUUACCUGCCCUGUCUUCAGGGUGUUGAGAUGCAAGCUGUGCUGCUUUCUAUAGUUCCCUCUCGUUUUCAGACCUGGAGAAAAGAAACCACGUAUAAGAAAAAAGAGGAUGAGCGAGGGUCUUACUGAAAUGGAGAGCAACAUGCAGAGCAUCUCAGACUGAUUCAUAUUUGUACCUCUUUGCCCUUUAUCAUAUGAACGAUUGAGUUGCACUUGUCAGUUGGUAGGAGAUGCCAAUGGGAUGUGAAUAAGGAAGAAUGAGUGAACCGCUCCGUCAGCGGUUACCUCCCUCUUCUCUAAAUGAGUUACUAUUUCUGUUUGUAAUUGUUGCUUUUUUUUUUUUUAUGUGUUUUUAUAUGUUCACACUUCAGGCCAGAAACAAACACGAGACUGGAGAGGGCUUUUAACAAAAAUUAAUUCAAAGAGUGUCCUUCAAAAAAAAAAAAAAAAAAAAAAAAAAAGCCAGUGCCAGAUUUUACUGUGAUAAAUUUGGAGGGACAUUUUGUUUUAGUACACAACAACAACAACAACAACAAAAAAAGCCUCUACACCCUUUAAACUGCCUUCUUUUUGUGUCAUGACUGCACUACUCAUGCACUAGUCAACGCAGCAGCAUCACCAACACUAACUCUGCAGUGUCAUGGUUGUGCCAUGUUUACACGUUAGUCUAAUACGUAGAUGCUCCCUGGGUUAAUAACACAAUCCUUCUGGGGUGGACCGGUCGUCUUCUGGACUUAUGUUAACGUCCCGACUGGUCAGUCUAUGUGUCUUCAUGCAGCACUUCACUUAAAAAUGUUCUCAUUACAUCACCCUCAGUUUUCUGUUCUCCACUGCCAAAGACUUUUACUCUACCUGAAUAAAUAAAUUAUUAUCAUUA